UAUUGCUGCAUUGUUACCAUUUUAUAGCUGACUGUCUUUGGCAACGGAGCCACCCUGUUGAUUGAAUUUUCAAGUCAGGAGCAUCAAGACCGAGGGAUCUUGGCAGAGACGAAGACAGCUAAGGAACGAAACAAGAUGCUUAACUUUGACAGUGGAUACCAAGUCUGUGGACUGCUGUGGAUUCCAAUUGCUUUAAUGACAGUGGUCAUCGCUGCAGUGGCAAGUCCUAUCUCGGCCAGGGUCUGUGUUCUGAAGAUAGAUUUGAAUUCACCCGGGAGCGGUGUACAUAUAAGACGGAUCAUCAUGCCACCGGGCGAUCCCUGCACCUGCACAGUGGUCAGACGGAGUGGACACUGCCCCUACACAGCUCAGAUCCAGGGACAAGACCCACUGGUGUAUAUCGACAUGCUACCGGUGGUUACAGCAGAGACAGUCCGUAAUCAAUUUCAUUGCACUGCCAAUCAGACGGAGUCAACUUCCGAAGUCAGCAAAGUCGGCUCAGAGUCGACUCCCAAAGUCACUACCAUAGCCCAAGAGGUAGACUCGACAAUCAUUACAUCCAGUGCUCCAGGGGCGACAACAGAUGUCACUAUCUACUCAGAGCCGACAGUCACCGCUGCAGACUGUCAGGAGAUCUUGGAUGCCGGUUUUACAACUAGCGGUGUAUACACUAUUCGGAAUGACGGUCAGACUACACAGGUCUACUGCAGCAUAGAGUCGGAAGCCAGCUUUAUAGUGUUUCAACGACGCAUCAACGGUUCCGUUAGCUUCGACCGCACUUGGCAGGAGUACGCCGAGGGUUUCGGCAAUCUGACCGGGGAGUUCUGGCUGGGCAACGAGAAGCUGUAUGAUCUGACUCGUAAUGGCUCAUGGGAGCUGGUCAUUACUCUGAGGGCGUUCGAUGGAGGGGAAGCCUAUGUUCGUUAUAGGGACUUCAAGAUAAGCUCAGCUCGAAACUUUUACAGGCUUCAAGUGGAUUUCAUCGAUGGAAACGCAGGAGAUUCCCUCGUGAAAUUACUCUUGAUGCCCUUUACAACUGUCGACAAAUAUGACUCACAUGAAUCCGAAAUCCUGAGCUGCGGCCAGGUGGCCCACUCGGGCUGGUGGUUCAGAAGAUGCAACCGGAUCGACAGCAACUUGAACGGCGUGUACCACAGUAGCCCAGUCGUUGAUGACUACCAGGGGAUACAGUGGGUGUCCUGGAAGGGAAGUCGGUACUCUCUGAAGGGGUGUGAUAUGAAAAUGAGGCGUAUUCUCAAUGAAUAGAUAUAUUAAUGAGGUACGAGACCACCAAGUUCUUCAGUGGAAUCUUAGGAGUGUUAAUUUCGACUGGUGUAUUUACGUUGAAACUCUUCAUAACUCUUGCUGUUGGGCCUAGUAGGUCAACAAACUAGACGGUCGUUAAAGGUUCCUCUUUAAUUACACUUCGAUUUCACUUGCUGGGAUAUGGCCACCACUUGAACCUAGGUUUCCAGUUAUUAUCGCCAGAUACUCCGACCGACGUAUGCAGAAACUCAAGACCCAGUCUUAUCUGUUUCUUGCUACAGCGUCCAUUAUUUUCCAUUUCAUUACUUGCCAGAUACCGAAUUGGUUUGAGCAAGUUGGCAUCAGGAAUGAGGGACAACCAGCCCCAAACACAACCAGUCCCCAACCAAUGGACAUUCAGUUUCCUUGUUCGUGUUCAUCAAUUACCUGUUGGCCUCGAACACAGUGUAUUGGAACGCUUGUAGAAAUGUUCUCCCUUAUCGGUACUGUUGAAUACAUUUUGGUUUACCUUUUCCUCACGACGAAAAAGUUAUGGUGGAGGUGGGGGUAAUGAUCCAAGUUGUGGGGAAUUAUACCCCACCCAUCCACCCUGGAAUUCUGCUUAUAAGACGCUUUCGGGGCCUUAUUAGUAAUAUUCGCGUUGAAUGCUUUGUUUGGUUAUCUAUUUUUAUGCUGUUGCCACUCGGCACUGUUAAUUGAUAUUACAGAGUAGGCCUACAUGCCUGUUAUUAAUAUGAAAUGUGACAGAUGGUGAAUUCGCAUUCUGAAAAAUGUGCUGUUAACGAUUAUAAUUUCGUCAUUAUAAAACGGCAUGUUAAAGUGAAGACUUGAUAAUUUUUUUUCAAAUUUUGAUUAGCUAGUGAGAAUGUAAUUAGAAUUGGUUAUAAAUCUGUGUGACGUAAGAUUUUGAAAAUGUAAGCUUUUUUUAGGAAUUAGAGCUAACCGGAACCCACUGUCGGUAAGCGGUGAGCAUGCAGUACGCGACAAGUCACGUUGGUGAUAGGCAGGAUCAAACCUAAACAGACAUGUAUACUUGUGUGCAAGUGAAAUCUUGUCAUUACAUACUGGGAUACAACGAGUUUUAUCUGGAGAAUAUGUCGAGCUUUUCGAAGCCAAAAUGAUUUCACCAGUUGACAAGAUCUCAGGGUCUCUGAUGAGGUUAACAGGAUAUAACUUCCGUUGAUAAGAUAAAUACCCUGGCUAUAUUCUGCCAGGGUGCUUGUCUUAUCAAGGUGGACGACCUGUCUCGGCCGGAUGACUUAAUACAUGUCAGACCUUUGUUCAAUAAACACGUUGUGAAUCAAGU